CGGCGCCCCGGCCCAGCCCCCGGACCGUCCGCGCUCCAGCUGGUGAGCCCCCGCCUGGCCCGGCCCUGGCCCUGGGUCUAUCUCUGGCUGUGCUGUCUGUCUUCUGUCUCUCGAUGCCCGGGCCCUAGCUGCCCUGAAGUCGCCAUGAUGUGGUCCCCACCAACUGCCCUCUCACUAUUAAUGCUGCUGUUGCUGCUAGGCCAGGCCCCUCCCGGCAGGCCACAGUUGCUGGGCACCACAAAGCUCCGGCUGGUGGGGCCAGAGAGCCGGCCAGAAGAGGGCCGCCUGGAGGUGCUGUACCAGGGCCAGUGGGGCACCGUGUGUGAUGACAACUUCGCUCUCCAGGAGGCCACGGUGGCCUGCCGUCAGCUGGGCUUCAAAGCAGCCUUGACCUGGGCCCACAGUGCCAAGUAUGGCCAAGGGGAGGGACCCAUCUGGCUGGACAAUGUGCGCUGUGUGGGCACGGAGAGCUCCCUGGACCAGUGUGGGUCUAAUGGCUGGGGUGUCAGUGACUGCAGCCACUCAGAAGAUGUUGGGGUGGUGUGCCACCCCCAGCGCCAGCGGGGCUACCUUUCUGAGGUCUCCAAUGCCCUCGGGCCCCAGGACCAGCAGCUAGAGGAGGUACGGCUCAAGCCCAUCCUUGCCGGCACCAAGCGGCAUAACCCAGUCACUGAGGGAGCCGUGGAGGUGAAAUACAAGGGCCACUGGCGGCAGGUGUGUGACCAGGGCUGGACCAUGAACAACAGCAGGGUGGUGUGCGGGAUGCUGGGUUUUCCCAGCGAGGUGCCUGUCCACAACCUCUACUACAGAAAAGUUUGGAAUUUGAAGAUGAAGGAUCCCAAGUCUAGGCUGAAGAACCUGACAAAUAAGAAUUCCUUCUGGAUCGACCAGGUCAACUGUCUGGGGACAGAGCCCCACCUGGCCAACUGCCAGGUGCAGGUGGCUCCAGCACGGGGCAAGCUGCGGCCAGCCUGCCUGGGUGGCAUGCAUGCUGUGGUCAGCUGUGUGGCAGGGCCCCGCUUCCAUCCACCGAAGGCGAAGCCCAAGCCCCAGCGCAAGAAGUCCCGGGCAGAGGAGCCAAGGGUGCGCCUGCGCUCUGGGGCCCACGUGGGCGAGGGCCGGGUGGAAGUGCUCGUGAACCGCCAGUGGGGCACGGUCUGUGACCACAGGUGGAACCUCAUCUCCGCCAGUGUCGUGUGUCGUCAGCUUGGUUUUGGUUCUGCUCGGGAGGCCCUCUUUGGGGCCCAGCUGGGCCAAGGGCUGGGGCCCAUCCACCUGAGUGAGGUGCACUGCAGAGGAUAUGAGCGGACCCUCAGUGACUGCCUUGCCCUGGAAGGGUCCCAGAAUGGUUGUCAACAUGAGAAUGAUGCUGCUGUCAGGUGCAAUGUCCCUAACAUGGGCUUCCAGAAUCAGGUGCGCCUGGCUGGUGGGCGCAGCCCUGAGGAAGGCGUGGUGGAGGUGCAGGUGGAGGUGAAUGGAGUCCGACGCUGGGGGACUGUGUGCAGUGACCAUUGGGGGCUCACGGAAGCCAUGGUGGCCUGCCGACAGCUCGGCCUGGGUUUUGCCAGCCAUGCCAUCAAGGACACAUGGUACUGGCAGGGGACGCCGGGGGCCGGAGAAAUGGUGAUGAGCGGGGUGCGCUGUUCAGGCACAGAGCUGGCCCUGCAGCAGUGUGAGAGGCAUGGGCCUGUGCACUGCUCCCAUGGCACCGGGCGCUUCUCGGCAGGAGUCUCCUGCACAAACAGUGCUCCAGACCUCGUGAUGAAUGCCCAGCUAGUGCAGGAGACGGCCUACCUAGAGGACCGCCCGCUCAGCCUGCUGUAUUGUGCCCACGAAGAGAACUGCCUCUCUCAGUCUGCUGACCACAUGGACUGGCCCUAUGGACACCGGCGCCUGCUGCGCUUCUCCUCACAGAUCUACAACCUGGGCCGGGCUGACUUUCGUCCAAAGACUGGACGCCACAGCUGGAUUUGGCAUCAGUGCCACAGGCACUACCACAGCAUUGAGGUCUUCACCCACUAUGACCUACUUACUCUCAAUGGCUCCAAGGUGGCUGAGGGGCACAAGGCCAGCUUCUGUCUAGAGGACACGAACUGCCCCACUGGACUGCAACGGCGCUAUGCGUGUGCCAACUUUGGGGAACAGGGAGUGACCGUAGGCUGCUGGGACACCUACCGGCAUGACAUUGAUUGCCAGUGGGUGGACAUCACAGAUGUGAGCCCCGGGGACUAUAUCUUCCAGGUGGUUGUGAACCCCAAAUAUGAGGUGGCAGAGUCAGAUUUCUCUAACAACAUGAUGCAGUGCCGCUGCAAGUAUGAUGGGCACCGGGUCUGGCUACACAACUGCCACACAGGGGAUUCAUACCGAGCCAAUGCAGAACUCUCCCUGGAGCAGGAACAGCGUCUCAGGAACAACAUCAUUUGAAGCCAUCAUCAGUGCACACUCCUAGCUGCUGCCCAUACACCAGAUACCUCAGCUUACUGGAGCCAUGCCCUUCACAGAGCCCUAAUUCAGAGGAAAAUGGGCCAGUGCCAAGGGGCACCAAGAACCUGCUCAGGAAGCCUUUUGAUGGCAAGAUCACCAAACCAGGAUGGUACUGCUCCCUCAGGAUGGCUCUGGGCCUGUCUCCUAAAGGGCCUAUGGACUAUGGAGUAUGGCUUCCAGGCUUUGUUCGGCUGAACUCCUCCAUAAGGAGAUCCAAUCUUUCCUGGAUCUUGCCAGAGUUCCCAGCUUCCAGAACCUUCAGUUCCUUAGGGAUGGACUAUGGCCCAGUCCCCCAUCUAAGUGGUGCUUUGCAAAUGUCUUAGAGGAGUAGAGGAUAGAGGAACAAAAUACACAGCAGGGGGGGUUAGCUCUCAAGGUAACACAACUUGUGUCAAAGUCACAACUGGCAAAAAAGUUGGUGAAUUUAGUCUCUUGCUUCAUCUGUCCUCAUUUAGAAUUCACUUCUCAUACUCUGCUAAGAAUCUGUUCUCUAGUGUCCUUACCUUUACCCUACCGCACACAUGGGUGUUUCUAAUAGCCCUAAAAGCUUAGGCUUCAGGCAUCUCUUUAUCUCUUGAUGGGCCAACACCACCAGCUACUGAGAUCUUGUGAAGGGACAUGUUUCGCAGAAGUGGCCAGAUGGGAUCUUCCUGCAGAGCAUCAAGAGAAAGCCAAGCAGAAAGACUGCUAAAGUAAUAUGGACCUCAGCCCUUGCCAGGACCUCUGCCAAGGAAAAAAUAUGUGCCAUUUACCUGGCAGGCAGUCCAGUCUCAGAAUCACCAUGCAUUUCAGGAUUGGUCUAAAUUUCAAUCAAGGAUCUGGAGUGAACUUUGCAUUGAAUAAAGUUUUGCAAUGGGAAGAACAUCAGUCAAACAAGCUACUCAACUCUAUAGGAAUACAAAGACAUGUCUGGUAGAGUGAGGGACAGGUAACUAUAGAGAAAUCAGAAGGGGGAACAUUUAAUUUAGUUAAGGACUGAACCUGGAAAAGGCCACCAUCCCUUCUUGAUGUGGCUGCGACAUGCUCUAGCUCAGGUAGUAUAAAAUCCCAGUCUUCUUGAUGUGAUUCUUAAUCUUUUCUCUGCUGAAACACACUUAACAGAUCCUUAUAGUCUGACACCCUAAUGCCAAUAAAGGUUGCUCAUU